UGGCAAUGGCAGCCUUCGCUUUCAGUCAUCUACUCAACAACUCCUGACUCAUCCCAUCGAUCGACCGCCUUGAAAACAAACACCUGUUCUUUGUUCCUCUACCUACGCGCUCUCCAUCCAUGCUCAGAUACGGUAUCCACCACCAGAAGCCACUUGGACACCUGGACCUGACGAUACUUUUCGGCGCAAUCAGCCCUACCUAGGGGAGUAAACUCUGCGCUAGGCUACCUACAGAUUUAUCUGCAGUUUAUCUGCACACAGUUUUAUCUGUAGUUUUAUCUCCCAGCUUUGUAACCUUGGAAUACCUACACAGAGCAAACAAAUCACCAAUCCUCUCUCUGCGACAACAAACAUUGAAGCAAACGCAGCUUCGCUCUCGCCCACAUCACCAUCACCGACAGUAAUUGAAUUACUGGAUUAUGGCCGCCAACGGUGACGUCCCCUCCGUGCCCCGCUCCGAAUCCCCCACUGGAUCGCCUCGAUCCGCGUCCAUCUCUUUGCAUGCCGCUGCCGCUAUGAAUGCCGGCCUCCAACGAGAACCCUCACGCAGUAAGUCGGAAUCAGCCGAUCUGCUCCCGGCUAAAACGCCUGUCCAUCGACUGCGCCUUUUCCCUCUUGCUUCCACCACCUGCCCUCACCACUCUAACUCGCCUUCAGGAUCGUCCAACAGCUCUCUAGCUCGCAGCCUCGCAUCCCCGCCCAGCCGGCGACGAUCGACCAUCCUGAUGAACCUCCAGCUAAACGACCCUACGGUGCCGGCGCCGGGCGAGAUGUUCCAAGAUCACAUGAGGGCGAGCCCGCAGCCAUUUGGCGGUGGUGUCCCCUCCGAGUCGAGCCGCCAUAUCAGGACGCCGAGUCUGGGUGAGCUCCAUCAGGAGCUCGAGGCAGAGCAGGAGGGCCAUGUCAAUCGCCUUUUGAACAUGAUUCGACAACAGCAGCUAGAGCUUCAGCGUCUUCAAGCAAGCCACCCGCAUGCGAAUGGUGGAGAGGAGAGUGCGACUGCGAGUGUUGCUGGCUCUGAGAGGCCGCAUCGGUCUCUCCCCGUCCCCAUCUCGACUCAAUCUCCAACUGGAAACCAUGUUCCCUCUGUUUCUGGCUCCUCAUUUUCUCGGUCGCCCAUCUUUCCUCACCAUCGGAACUCUAUGGAGAUGGCUCGCGCCGACAUGCAGCGCCGGUCCAGGACGCCGAGCCGAAACGCUUCACCUCGACUGCGGGCGACCUCCAUCAGUGCUGAGAGCGGGGACUGGUCUCUGUUCCGCGACGAAAGCGCCUUUUAUCAGGCCGAAACACAAAUGUUGACACGGGAGAACCAGAUGCUCCGGCAUCGGAUUCGUGAACUAGAAAAGCAAGUCUCUGACUUGUCGUCUACCUCUCCCGGGCCAAACGAACCGUCGGUGCCUUCAAAUCUUGCUCGACCGUCAAUCUCAGCCGACGAUAGCGAGGCUGUGUCCAGGGCGGCGUAGAUACACCUUGUAUGUUGAUUCACUGCUGUGCGGCGAUCAGCAGUUACGAUUGCCGUGUGGAAGUAGUCUUAUUGCUUUGAAAAAUGGCGGCCAAAUUACAUUGGACCGCAUACUUUGAUUGUUAUGCGAGUUUUGCAACAUGGCAGCAGGUUGCCUUUGGCUGGCGUCUGGGUGAUGAGUAAAAAUCAGUCCGGUUAUAAUAUCAAUGGUCUUUUUCCCUUUUACCAGAUGGGAUUUUCUUUCCGUAGUGAUAUCUAGAUGCCUGUGAAAUGGGCGUUGCUGGACCGCAAUCCGGUCCAUGGAGUCACAAUCGAUGUGCCCAGAGAAGGCUAUAUCACCCGAGAAAUGAAGAGAAUCUCCCAAGAUCCGCCAAUAAAUACAUAUUGCAAACUC